CCCCGUUCCAGCCCCGUUCUGUCCCCGUUCUGUCCCCGUUCCAGCCCCGCUCCGUCCCCGUUCCGUCCCCGUUCCAGCCCCGCUCCAGCUUCGCUUCGUCCCCGCUCCAUCCCCGCUCCAUCCCCGUUCCUUCCCGUUCCGUCCCCGCUCCGCCGGCGAGGUGCCGGUGCCCAUGGGGGCCGGGUUCGGCGCGGGGCUGGGGCUGGCCCUGGCCUCCAGCGCCUUCAUCGGUGGCAGCUUCGUCCUGAAGAAGAAGGGGCUGCUCCGGCUGUGCGGCCGCGGCAGGGCAGGGCAAGGAGGACACGCGUACCUGCGGGAGUGGCUUUGGUGGGCAGGGCUGCUGUGCAUGGGAGUUGGAGAAGCUGCAAAUUUUGCUGCCUAUGCCUUUGCCCCUGCAACACUGGUAACUCCACUGGGUGCUCUGAGUGUCCUUGUCAGUGCAGUUCUGUCUUCCAUCUUCCUGAAUGAGCAGCUGAAUGUUCAUGGGAAGAUUGGCUGUAUCCUGAGCAUCCUGGGCUCCACUGUGAUGGUGAUACAUGCUCCACAGGAAGAAGAGGUUUCCAGCCUGGAGUCAAUGGCAGAGAAGCUGAAAGAUCCAGGAUUCAUUGUAUUUGCUCUGUGUGUCCUGGUGAGCUCCCUUCUGCUCAUCUUUGUGGCUGGGCCCCGUUAUGGACAGAGCAAUGUCCUGGUUUAUGUUCUGGUCUGCUCUGCCAUUGGCUCACUGUCCGUAUCCUGCGUCAAAGGCCUGGGGAUCGCCCUGAAGGAACUGUUCUCUGGGAAGCCAGUCCUGAAGGAACCCCUGGGCUGGGUGCUCCUGGUGUGCCUGGUGAUCUGCAUCAGCAUCCAGAUCAACUAUCUGAACAAAGCCCUGGACAUUUUCAACACCUCAGUGGUCACACCCAUAUACUACGUGCUGUUCACCACAGCAGUCAUGAUGUGCUCAGCCAUCCUCUUCAAGGAGUGGCAGCACAUGGUGCUGGACAACAUCAUCGGCUCCAUCAGCGGCUUCCUCACCAUCGUGUCCGGCAUCUUCCUCCUGCACGCCUUCAGGGACAUGCCCUUCACCCCCAACCUCCUGCCCCUGUUCCUGCAGCCAGGCAGGGCAGACCCACACCCGUCCUGGAGCAGUGCAGACAGACAUCAGUCCUGUCAGCACCAGCCUCUGCUGCCCUCGCAGGACAAGGGCUCUCAGAGUGCAGAGGAGGAGGAGGAGGAGGAGGAGGAGAAGUGAAAGCAGGUGAGGAAGCAUCUGAACUGCUCCCACUGCCAAGGCUGAACAUGCUGCUGCAGGAGCUGUGAGCUACCUUCUGCGUGCCCCAGGUACCACCCCACUGACAGGAGGCUGACAGGGCCAGCAGCCUCCUGUGGCUGCAGACAGGAGCCUUGGGAACUGCCCAGUUCCUGGCAUCCUGUGCUUCUCCACUGUUCUUUUACGUGAAGAACUGAUCUGCCCUCAUCAGGACUCAGACCUCGGCUGUGCAAAUAGAGGCCUGCAGCACUAACACAGUGCUAACCCUGACUCCACAGCAGGUCACACAUCUGGGGAGUAUCACACUUUUUUAAAACCAGAAUUAACAGUUACAAAAUGAUUUAACAUGGUGCUAAGGUUACAUGGAGAGAAGAUGGAUGUCUGGCUUUAAAGGUGACAUACAGAGUAUUAAUGCAAAAAUUCCUCUGUCAAGUACUUGGUUUUGCUCACUCUGCUAGAAUUUAUUUACAGAUUCACAUCCAAAAACAGAAUACAGCCCAAACUGGGAAACUUCAGUGGUGCUGCCACAUGCUGCUGUGGCUCUUACAGAGGGACCAACCUCUUCAUGCAACAUCUGCUGUGCAGGUUGAUGAAGCUUCCUGUAUUCUAUUAAAAACUGAUCUGUUCAGUUA